GGUUGCGUUUCGCGCGACACGCGGCGAGGCGGUCAUGAUGAACCGACGCGUCCCUGCUGUUUCAGCUGGUACCUGCGAAUCGUGGUGCGAACGGCAUUCGCGGUUCUCAACAACUUAUACUGCAUCCCCGCGUACGUGGUGUGGAUGAUGGGGCUGCGCCUCAUCAGACCCUACUUCCCUUCCAUCUAUUGGAAGAUCGAAGGACACAUGUAUCACUGGCUGCUGGCGAUGGUCUCCAUGUGGUCCUGGACGGCUGGAUAUGACAUUAUAGAAUCCGGAGACGAACCAUCAACUUGCAUGGGAAGUCGCACUCUGGUCCUGGCAAACCAUCAGAGCACGGCCGAUGUGCCAAUGCUCAUGACUGCUUGGAACCCUCGACGUGGCGUGUUGUGCAAUUUAAUGUGGAUCAUGGACAGGGUCUUCAAGUUCACCAACUUUGGCAUAGUCAGCGUGUUGCAUGAGGACUUCUUUAUACAAGCGGGCAAGACCAAGCGAGAGCAGUCACUCGAAGAGUUAAGGGCUCACAUACACAAGUUUUACGUUCCCCUCGGCAGACAAUUCAUCGUGCUCUUCCCUGAAGGUGGAUUCUUACACAAGAGGAGAGAAAUUAGCCACAGAUUCGCAGAGAAGAACAACUUGCCCAAGCUAGAAUACGUCUCGCUGCCGAGGGCUGGAGCUAUGAAGGUUAUAAUGGACGAAGUAGGACCGCAAAUGUGCGAUGCUGCUAGCUCUUCAAAAGCUGAAAAUAACAAAGGUAUAGAAAACAAUAAUCGGAAAACUCACAAGAUGCUACUUGAGACGACUGUUGGGGAAUGCAUCGAUUGGAUCCUUGAUGUAACUAUAGCCUACCCAGACCGCAUUCCAUUGCAUCUCACAGACAUCGUCUGCGGCUUUAGGAAGCCGUGUAACACGCAUAUACACUACCGGCUGUACCCUAGUACUGAGGUACCUACAGACGCAGAAGGCAUGACUCAAUGGCUGUACGACAGAUUUAUAGAAAAGGAUAAAAUGCUAGAAGAAUUUUACCGUACCGGCCAGUUUCCUUCAAACGUUCCGUAUGUAAAACGACGAGUUAGACAGGACAAUUUACAGUAUAUGAUACUGCAUCUUUUCUUUCUAGCGUCUACUUACAUACAGUAUCGAAUGCUUUGUUACUUAGUGUGUUGGUUCUUUUAACACAAUUGAAUGUUUACAACCAGACGUGAAAAUUUUUAAUGAGCCAAGUUCAUGAAUAUUUGAAAUCUGUUCAUCAUGUUAUAAUUUUUUGUCUAAAUGUUGCUAUAAAGAAGGAAUUUGAUGUAUAGGUAUACUAAGUAUGGAAAAUCUUGGUAAUAUUGCUACAGUACCAAGAAAUAUGCUUUUUGGGUCAUUAACUAACAUUACGUUAAAAGUAUGAAAAAUGGUUACAAAAUUUCGUGUCUGGUUGUUUGUGUUAUCAAUAAAUGAUAAUAAAAGUUUGUACCAAUGUAACAUUUGCACUUUCAGCUAUUGAUUGAUUACUUUUGUUGGCUCAGAUUUUUCUGAAGGAGAUGUUUGGGUUUUGAAAUAAAACAUUUGGAACUUACUGGUGCACUCCCGUGCAGAGUUGCUUAGAUACUAUUAGUUGGGAAAAGUAAAAAAACUAGUCAAAUUCGUUUGUUAAUUGAGAUUAUGUUAAAUACAGUUUUUGAAACAGAUGUGAUUAAUCGAGUUGCAUUUUUAUACUAUUAGCCAAUAGUUGAAGGUGAACAUUUACUAGUGGUGCGUGGCGAAGUACAUUUUUUUUAUUUUAGUUCGACUGUUCUAUGUGUAGAUUUUUCAUUACAUUAGUUUUAUAAUACGUCCAUACAACGUUACCUCGUUUGAUUCGUCGAAAAAGCUCGACGGUUUUAGUGCCGUGGGCACUGAUGUUAGUGACCGACUUUGUGAACAUUUGGUGACCAAGAGCACUUUCCUUAGUGAGAGUAUUACACUAUAUAUAAAGUGUAUCAAAGCGUGC